AUGUCAUCGUUCUUCAGCAGAUCAAAUAAAUCCGCUUCGUCGUCUUCGUCAUCAUUGAAUAAAGAUGGGCAAGAACUGAAAUCCACCAGUGAGAUAUUCACCACUCCUUCUCAAGAGAGUAGCGUCAAGAAGAAAUGGGACUAUAACGAAGAACAACUGAAGCAGAUUGAGGAAUUGAAAGCUUUCUCUCACAAAUUGCUUUUACCCGAAUCAGAUGUAUAUCAUCCAUGGGAACUCCGAUUCCUCAAUGAUCCAGGAACUCAUCCUAGAUAUAUGAGAGCAGCCAAAUGGAAGAUGGAUGAUGCGAAGAAACGUAUUCAAGGUACAAUCGAGUGGAGAAGGGAAUAUAAACCUGAAUUAAUCCAACCUGAUGAUGUCGGUAUCGAAGCUGAAACCGGUAAAAUUGUUCUCUCGGGAUUCGAUUUCGAUUCUAGACCUAUCUUGUACAUGAGACCAGGUCGAGAAAACACUGAAAGAAGUCCUAGACAAAUUAGACAUUUGAUCUAUCAUCUUGAAAGAGCUCUUGAUCUUAUGCCUCCAGGACAGGAACAAGUGGCUAUCAUCGUUGACUACAAAUCAGCUACAUCUCAAUCGAAUCCUUCAAUCGCAGUUGCUAGACAAGUUCUAAAUAUCCUGCAAAAUCAUUAUGUCGAAAGAUUAGGUAGAGGUCUGGUCGUCAAUAUGCCCUGGUGGAUUAACGCUUUCUUCACUGGAAUCACACCUUUCCUGGAUCCCAUAACCCGAGAUAAGAUCCGGUUCAACCCUAAACUCACUGAACUUGUUCCUGCCGCUCAGCUCGAUAGCGAAUUUGGUGGUAACUACAGAUUCGACUUUGAUCAUAAAGUUUAUUGGCCAACACUUACCGAAUUCUGUCAUAUCGCUCCGGAUGGAACGAGAAUCAACGAUCAAGGUGAAAAGAUCUAUCCACCUUCAGGAAACGGAAUCAAAGCUGCGUUGGAAGGAUUACAUCCUGUCAAAGGUGCAAUCGCAUCUGGACAAGUAGAAAAGGUAGAUCCCUCAAAGAAUGCUUCCGUGACACCAACAUCCGGAACAGAUCAAUCCACUAGAUCUCAAACUGGAAAUGAGACUGAAAAGCUCUCUAACGUCUCUGAACCUCAAUCCACCAACACCGCUGUCACCGCUGAUAUGACCACCACGGCCACGACAAAUGUCAACAGCGAUAGUAACACGGAAGGAUUGGAGGAAGGUGUCAAGAGGUUAUCAUUGAACAGAGCUUUGACGACUGUACCUGGACCACCUGAGGGUGAUGCAGUUUUUGAUCAUCCUCCUUCGGAAGGUGAGAUUGCUCAAGCUAGACAAAGCAUAGAAGGUAGUAGAUAG